CUGGAAAUGAACCUGAGGCACAUCUGGAUGGAAAACACAGAGCCAGAGCUACAGAGAUAAGGUUCCAAUGGUUGUGAAUGCAUCAGACUGGUUGGUCCCAACUGUGGGCCCGGAGCUGGACCCCUGUGGUAACUACACUGAAGCCUGGCUGUGGCUGUCCUCCCUGCAGCCGGCCUACCUGGGUUUGAUCAGCAUUGUGGGGCUGGUGGGGAACGGCCUGGUUCUCUGCGUGUUCUGCCUGCAGAGGAAGCCCUGCACUGUGGCAGAUGUCUACCUGGGCAACCUGGCAGUUGCUGAUUUGGUCAUGAUGUCCUGCCUACCCUUCUGGGCUGUUACCAUCGCCCGAGGCUACCAGUGGGACUUUGGAGAGGUCCUCUGUAAGCUAGUCAAUGUGGCCAUCUCUAUGAACUACAUCUGCAGCGUUCUGUUCCUCAUGCUGGUCAGCAUGGAUCGCUAUCUGGCUCUGGUGAGGCCCAUGAGCACCAGCCGUCUGAGGAGAGCCACCUGGGCCAAGCGUAUCUGCCUGGGGAUCUGGAGCCUGGGCUUCUUCUUCACUCUACCCAUCCUGCUCUUCCGCACAGUGAUGCAUGUAGAGGAUCCUGGUGUGGACGCCUGCAUUUUGGCCUACCCCCACCCAGCGUGGAGCUUGCACCACAAUAUUACCAGUAAUGUGUUGGGCUUCCUGAUCCCUGUCCUGGUGAUGGCUUACUGCACUCAUCACAUUGUGACCGUGCUGAGGGACAGGGAAGCAGGAGGACUCCCCGGGGUGAGGGCGGAGAGGAAGGCCACCUACUUGGUCCUGGCCGUUCUUGCUGUCUUCCUCUUUUGCUGGACACCGCACCAGGUGAUGCGGUUUCUUGACACUCUGGAUUACUUCCAGGUCACACCUGGAUGCCUCUGGGGUCAUGUCCUGGACAUUGGCAUACAGCUGUCUACAUAUCUGGCAUACAGCCACAGUGCUGUUAACCCCUUCCUGUUUGUCAUUGUGGGGAAGCAUUUCAGGAGAAGGGCCAAAGAGGUGUUUGGAAAAACUUUGAACCCCUGGUCCAAAAACAUGUCCUACCUGACUGUGAGCUUCACCUCAGUGAAUAGACUCAAUGAAACACAACGUAUAAGUAUUGAAAAGUUUAAAAAAUCUGGACUAAAACAAACUGUAUCAUGACGAGUGGCCUGGUCAGGCAGUGGGACACCUCAGUGAUUAACUUUAAAGCUGUACUCAUUGAAAACAGCAGAACACACUGUAAACACAACACUGACAUAUUAUCACUUUAUAAAGUUGAUAUGGCAUUUUUGUUUGUAAACAGUUGCUGAUUUAUAUGUCCAGCAGACACGGAGCAACAUUACAUCCAAUCUUCUUUGCAUUAUUGCGUAAUUUUGUUGAUGCAGUCCCCACCCAUGGAACAACACAGCAGAGCUCUUUGCUUGAUGCAGUUGGACCAAGGGCCACUGACCAGGUGUUGAUUUUUGAUGAGUCAGGAGUGAAACCAGGUUGCAUAAAAAAGCCUGUAGAGUGGAACUGCAAAGUUGUUGAUGGUGCUCUGUGAGGGGUUUUGAGGGUGAGGGCUUAAUUCGAUCUAUUUUCAAUAUUAAAAAUACUGAUUAGUGCAGCUUUAACUACAACUUCUUGUUUUCCAUUGACGUAUGCAUGAUCUGGAAUAUUCCAGAUGAUUCUUGUUGAGUUGUAAUUACCGGAGGCCACGUGCACCAGUAUUGCCAAGGGACUUAUUAGCGCAGAAGUUCCACUUGGUUCUGUGUCUGUGCCCUCCUUCCCUUUGCCUUGUCUUAUUGUCUCUGUCAUUAUUUUGCUGACAUGCUGAGAAACAUUAUCAUCUCUAACAGAUUCAUUCCCAGUGUAAAAUCUUGGAGAUUUAUGAUGUAAUAGAUGCUAAAUGACUGCUGUUAAGUGCUGGAGAUGAAUCCCAGUGUGAUUUAUUAAGAGUAUUAUUGUCUCUGAGCUUCUGCUGUCUAUGAGCAAGUGCAUCAUUCAGGUCCUGCACUAUGAAGGAAACUUAUUUCAACGUGAUUAAACUGAAGGACGGUCACAUUUCACAUUUCUUUAAAAAAAAAAAAAAAAGAAGUUGCUCAGAAUAGAAGUAGUUUGAUAAAGAUCCAAUCAUCACCUUAGUUGGUAGUCAUUUUAUAAUCAAGGCACGUUUUUUCUCGGAUAGGCACACAAGGUGCAAUUAAAGUGACUUAUCAAAUGUUUUGGCAGUUUUAAAUGCUAAACUGAACACACAGUUUCAACAGUGAAAGUAAUUAUCUGACUAUUAAAGGGUGUUUAACUUUUUCUAUGAAACAUAAAGGGUAAGCCUGGUAAUAUUCCAUUAUCUUUAUUGUCAACAAAUCAUGUGCAGACCAAUGAAUUGAUACUGAGAAGUACUGUAUGUGUAUCCAAGAGAAAAACUCUUGUUUUAAUUUAGAGUUGUAAUUAUUUUAGCAUGAACACAGUAGUUAUUGCCAGUUGGUAUUGGGUGAGGUAUAUAGAUGUGUUAUUAUAAUCUUCUAAUUGGUGAAGUUUAUUAAGGGGUGUGGGGGUUCAACUGUGUUUUAAAAGAGUCUCAUUGGUAUUGUUGGGAUUUUGUUUCAAUAUAACAAGACCAAAUGUAAUUUGUAUACCAAACCUGAGCCAUCAUGUGACACUUAGGCCUAUUAUUUUCCUUUCAUAAUGUAUAACGUAUGGAGUAAGUUGUUUUAAAUGACAUGACACCAGUGAGAGGUGAAUAGUUCUGAAAUGUAUAUAUUGUAUUUAUUAAUGUAUUUCAUAAA